UCCUGAGGGGGGAGGUGGGUGGUUGGAGGGGGAACGCCUGUGUGUGCCCCCAACCGGGGUGGCAACGGGCAGCAGCCCGGGAGGACAGCGAGUGGGGCUCCCAGCCUGGCUCCGGCGCCCCUCUCUCACGCCUCCAGACACAGGGGGCCAGGGCCGGCCUACGUGGCAGCGGCGCUAGGGGCGGGCGGGCAGAAAGGGAGGGACGGAGGCGGGCCGGCCAGAAAGUUUGUCGGCGGCCACUGUGGGGACACCGGCCCGGGGAUGCGCUCCCCGCUCCUCAGCGCCAGCAGCACGCCUGGGUGUCCUGCUCGCCAUGGGCCAUCCACCCCCCCUCCUGCCCCUGUGUGCCUCUGUGUCCUUGCUGGGUGGCUUGACCUUUGGUUAUGAGCUGGCCAUCAUAUCGGGUGCGCUGCUGCCGCUGCAACUAGACUUCGGGCUAAGCUGCUUGGAGCAGGAGUUCCUGGUGGGCAGCCUGCUCCUGGGGGCUCUCCUCGCCUCCCUGGUAGGGGGCUUCCUCAUCGAUCGCUACGGCAGGAAACGCGCCAUCCUCGGGAGCAACGCGGUGCUGCUGGCAGGCAGCCUGAGCCUGGGCCUGGCUGGCUCCCUGGCCUGGCUGGUCCUGGGCCGCUCGGCGGCCGGCUUUGCCAUCUCCCUCUCCUCCAUGGCCUGCUGCAUCUACGUAUCAGAGCUGGUGGGGCCGAGGCAGCGGGGGGUGCUGGUGUCCCUCUACGAGGCAGGCAUUACCGUAGGCAUCCUGCUCUCCUACGCGCUCAACUACGCCCUGGCCAGUGUCCCCCGGGGGUGGCGGCAUAUGUUCGGCUGGGCCGCUGCCCCUGCGGUCCUGCAGUCCCUCAGCCUCCUCGUCCUCCCUGCUGGUACAGAUGAGGCCGAGGCUCACAGGGACCUCAUCCCCCUCCAGGGAGGCGAGGCCACCAAGCUGGGCCCGGGGAGGCCAAGAUACUCCUUUCUGGACCUCUUCAGGGAACGGGAUAACAUGCGAGGCCGGACCACCGUGGGGCUGGGGCUGGUGCUUUUCCAGCAGCUAACAGGGCAGCCCAACGUGCUGUGCUAUGCCUCCACCAUCUUUCACUCGGUCGGCUUCCGCGGGGGAUCCUCCGCAGUGCUGGCCUCAGUGGGGCUGGGCGCUGUCAAGGUGGCAGCUACCCUGACUGCCAUGGGGCUUGUGGACCGAGCGGGCCGCAGGGCCCUGCUACUAGCUGGCUGUGCCCUGAUGGCCCUGUCGGUCAGCGGCAUAGGCCUCGUCAGCUUUGCCGUGCCCAUGGACUCAGGCCCAAGUUGCCUGGCCAUGCCCAAUGCCACCGGGCUAGCAAACCUCCCUGGAGACGAGGACCAGCCAAUGGGAUUGUCUUCACAUCCACUGCCAAUCACCAGCAAGAACCAAGGGCAGCCAGUCUCAUCAACCUCCGAGAAAACCAGGCGCCACCCCAGAGCGGGGGACCCCACAACCCCUCCUGGGACAGCCCUAAGCUCCGCCUCCCAGGCACCGCCUCCUCCUGCCGCCGGGCGAGCCCUGAUGCACUGGACGGCGCUGGUCUGCAUGAUGCUCUUCGUGAGCGCCUUCUCCUUCGGAUUUGGACCAGUGACCUGGCUUGUCCUCAGCGAGAUCUACCCCGCGGAGAUCCGAGGGAGGGCCUUCGCCUUCUGUAACAGCUUCAACUGGGCCGCCAACCUCUUCAUCAGCCUCUCCUUCCUCGACCUCAUCGGCACCAUCGGCCUCUCCUGGACCUUCCUGCUGUACGGGCUGACCGCGGUCCUUGGUCUGGGCUUCAUCUACUUAUUUGUCCCUGAAACGAAAGGCCAGUCGCUGGCAGAGAUAGACCAGCAAUUCCAGAGGCGGCGGUUCGCCCUGAGCUUUGGCCACAGGCAGAGCACAGCUGGCAUCCAAUACAGCCGCAUGAAGGUCUCUGUGGCCUCCUGAGGAGUCCAUCUGCUGAGAAAACGCCGGAACCAUGGUUUUAGCAGACUGUCUCCAGCUCCCCGCUCGCCUGGGCCCCAGAGCUCAAGUCCUAGGUGGUCCUUUGAGACUGACUCCCGCUCCAGAGGAGGUCUUGUGUGCUAGGGUGGAAAGGACGAAAGUCUGAGAACCCAGAAGUCUUCAUGUUCAGUCUCAGGCGCUGAGGGUUUCUGAGGAGCUGCCGUCUUGCCUCGGUUUUUCCACUGACUCUGCACGUCUCUGCAGUACUUACAGUGAGAGCAUCCUAUCGCGUUUCCCCUGUUCCCUGGGCUUUCUCAAAGAAUUUCUGGGGCACCAGCCCUGGCAGGAAGUCCCUCCUGGUAUCACCCCUAAGUCCAGCUGAGGAUACCGUAUUCUCCGCUUUCUUUUCUCAUCUGGCUGGGACUUCUCAGUGAGGGGGAAGCCUGCUUUUUUGGCUUUUAGAGAUCAGUUUUGUUCACCCCCCUAAUUCUCUUCCCCAGAACAUUUGCCAUUCACCAGCAGCCCAGGCUGGUUGACAGGAGGCCUGGGUUCUAGUCCCGAUUCCACUGGUGACAUUGCUCUGUGACUUUGGGCCUCAGUUUUCCCCAUAUGUAGAGUGGGGCACCUGGACCAGGUUGUUCUUAAGAUCUCUUCUGACACUGGUGGAUUGGGAUUCUAAAUGCUGGUACUACAACAGAUAUUCAACACAGGCCCUGGUCUCAUGUCACACAUCGCCUCUCUGGGGGAUGGAGGUUUUAUCAGCGGAGAGGCCAAGAGCAGUCCAGAGCUGUGUGCGCUAAAGUCCAAGAGCACGGAACGAGCUGCCAGGAUGGUGCUGGUUGGGUUUUCGUGCAGAAAGAUGCUUUGGCGGCCGACAAACCUGGUUGUCAGUGCUGCUUGCACCUCUUGGCAGCUGCAGGCCUUGGGUGAGAAACAGCUCCCUCGAGCCCCAGGGUCUGCCCCUUCUGUCUGGUGGGGGAUCAUGCCCGCAGGGCUGUAUGUCACCCUGUCUCCCUGCAGGAAGGUCUUCAGCUGGUCCCAUUCAGCUAGUCAGGGAGUGGGGGGCCGUCUGUUCACCCCAGUACCCAGGCCCCCACCUUCGGGACGUUGUAAAGGGUUGUUCCCCAACAGGUGAGUCAGAUAGAGAUCGAACAGGUCGCUCAGCCCAGAGGCCACUGGCAGAGGAAGGGACUGGCAAGGAGUUCCUGGAUGCUGAGAAUGAAGAGCUAGUAGGCCCGGGUGCUGGCGUUGGGCGAGGCCUCGUCACCGUGCCUGCCCACCUGGGUGCUGAUGCAGCCCCCCAGGACUCUGGUCCCUCAACCCCUCCCCUCUCCUUUCUAGAAACCGAUGUUCCUUGACUUACGACAUGCUUACGUCCCAGUGAACCCAUUAUAAAGUCAAAAAUGCAUUCAAUACACCUCACCUACCAAACACCACAGCCUAGCCUAGCCUGCCUUAACCAUGCUCAGAACACUUGCACCAAUUAGCCUCCUGCUGGACACAGUCAUCUGACAAAACGAAUACACCUCGGAGUAUUGGCUGUUUACCCGCGCGAUGGAGUGGCGGGCUGGGAGCUGAGGCUCGCUGCCACUGUCCAGUGUCACGAGAGGGUAUCAUACGGCAUAUCACUGGCCCGGGAAAAGGUCAGAAUUCAAAGUACAGACGGGUAUUGCUUUCACACCACUGCAAAGUCAGAAAAUCACAAGUUGAACUGUUUUAAGUUGGGGCGUCUGUACUUCCCCUAGACCCAGUGGCAUGCCGGAGCCCGCUUGGACUGGCGUGUUAGAGCUGAUUGUUCAGUUUCCAGGAUCUUUGCAAGCUGGUUGUUAAACACGGCCAUUAAAAGAAAUUAAAUUCCUUAAACGUAUAAUGAAAUAAACUGUAUUAAAAACAAAGGAGGUACAUACUAAAAACUCAUCACUUCCUUAUUUUACCCCAAGUUUACUAUGACCUGUGCUCUCGAAGUUAUUUGUAUCUUUUGUAUCGUGGGAGGGACACAGGGGAGAGACUGAGCCCCAUUUCUUGCUGGCCCCGCCUUCAAUGACGGCCCAUCGGUCCCUUGAAACUGGCCGUGGGGAGUGCAUUCACACCACAGAGAUUAGGGAGCAUUACAAAUCCAGGCCCGGUUUAUCGUGUUGGUCUCACAGUCCUCAGAACACAAUGGCUACAAUGUUAAAUGUGACAAUUAAACUUAAAUCUGUGCCCAUUGUGUCUAAAGCCGCUGCCUUGGCAGUGGCACCAAGAACUGAGGAAAUGCUGCCCCAGGAUGGGAGCCGGUAUCCGGUCCAGCCAGCACGCUGCCCACGUCAGUGACGGCGGAGCGCCGACCUCCACCUUCGCUGUUUCCCUCCCGUCCGGCUCACUGGCGUGAGCAGAAAGUGCACCAGCAUCAGUCCGUCUGUCCGUCCAUCCGUGUGGGAGCCACAGCUGUGAGCGGCUUCCCGCUGAGCUUGUUGUCCACAGUUGUCCGUAGUCUGCUUUUGUUGGGCCAAGGCUCCCUGGCCGUCACAGCUGUUCGUGCGGACAGGAGUUUGGCAAAAAAUUAAUAAACAUUCUGUGAGAAUUCAUUGGUGGUAUGGAAUUUAUAAUAAAGAGUAUUUUCAGAAAA